CUCAACAAGACAACUUUCUCUUGCUUGAUUCAUUAAUCACUGUCAACAGUGUCACAUAACGUAUACAAGACACCAACAAAAAUUCACAAGCAAUAAAACCAUAAUAAAAUUACUUUAUCAUGGCAAACGAAGCUGAAGAAACCGUACGUAAACUCGCAAUGCAUAAAGGCGUGGUCGGAGUCAUAGUCGUAAACGGAGAGGGAAUUCCUAUCAAAACAACUUUGGAGAACCAUGUUUCAGUACAAUAUGCUGGUCUUAUGAGCGCUCUGGUUGACAAAGCCAAGUCCGUUGUAAGAGACCUGGAUCCAUCCAAUGAUUUGACCUUCCUUCGUAUUAGGAGCAAGAGAAACGAAGUCAUGGUCGCACCAGAUAAAGAUUUCAUCUUGAUAGUUAUCCAGAACCCUGUCGAAUGACGAAUGCUUACGGCUUUGGAGCCUUAUUUAUUUUUAUUGAGGUUUUAUUUUUAUUGACAGUUGAAGGAAGCUUUAAUAUUAUAAUUAUUUACAGUUUAUUAAGACUUGACGGAAAACCGUUAAUUAUUUAGUUUCUUUAAAGUUUUUUCUAGAUAUAGACUGAAAAUAGGUUGCCAAUAAAUACUAAUCCAGAUAAGCUGACUGCAAUAAAGCUGAUUACUUCCUUUAUUGAAUAACCUAUUCGCCAGGCGAAAGAGGUUGCUCAAUAGAAAAACAGGAAAGACCGAUAAGAAUGUGGCUUUUGAAAUAGUGUGUGCAAAAGAAGUAGUUCUAUCUGAAGACGAGGCGAUUAACUGCGCACCGGUUUGUGUAUUUACUCAGGAUUUGACCUAUGCCAACCACUAUGCCUAUCUUUAGGUUUAAAUCUAUAGAGCGCACUUUGACUUAAAACGAGACAGCUUUAUUCCAGUGGUAUAACGUUGUCUCGUUUUAACAGAGCUCAAGUCUGACCAAAGUCAAAGUUCGCUCUACAGAUCUCAGCCUAAGAUUGUAAAACUUGUUUUGCGAUCACUACUAUGAGUGCACAGUUGUCCUUACCAAAAAUACGCAACCUGUAUUCUACAAUGUCUAUUUAUUUCCUUUAGUCUAUGUUUAAUGUUAUUGUUAAUUAUUUUGGUAUUUAUUGCUGAUUUUUCA